UUAAACUCUGUGAGCGAUUGUUUUGGUCUGACGGAGUUUAAAAUGGCGGCGCUCUUGUCCUCUCCACGUGAGGUGUUUACAGAAGCAGUGAGAGCUGUGUUAGAAACCUGGCCGGUGUUACAGAUAGCGGUUGAUAACGGCUUCGGUGGAGUUUACAGCCAGCAGAAGGCCGACUGGAUGGUGGAUGCGGUUCAACAAUAUUUUCACGACAACAGUGAUCUCGAGCAGGAUGAAGUGGAGGACUUCCUGUCUGAUCUGAUGAACAAUGAGUUUGACACGAUGGUAGAUGAUGGAAGCCUCCCACAGGUGGCCCAGAAGGUGUGUGUGAUGUUCCAGCAGUGUAAGGAGGGGAAACUGCCCGAGGUCAGACAGCAGAUCAGCCAGUUAACACUGGAAAAGUCCAGAGGAAGAGCAAAAGCCACAUCUAUUAAAACCCCUACAGAGGAAGCAGAGGGAAGCGACGACGGUGAUGAGUGUAUGGAUUGUGAUGAAGCCGGAGUGGGAGCUUCAGUGAGCAGCACAGCAGCGAAACAGCAGCCGUCUUCAUCUGCCCCUAAAGAAGAAGAGGAAGAGGAGGAGGAAGAUGGCUGGACGGUGGUGUGCAGGAAAAAGUGACCGAAGCAGCAAUGUAUUUGGAGCACUAGAAAUGCUGUCCGAACGAACUUGUGGUAACGGAGCAAAAAAAAGAAAUAACGACCUACACAAAGUUUUCACAAAGUCGGUGCAGAUGUUUUUACAUGCUUCAUUUUUGUCUUGACUGAUUUCCAAGAGCCCCGUAUAAGCUUGUAAAGUCCACCGUUCAUGUUUUAGUGCUUUCAUUACGUCUCGUCGUGCCCUCAUGUGGACACACAGGGCUCUGCAAGGCGCUGUGUGUGUGUGUGUGUGAUGCACUUCAGGGAGUCUCAGGCCACAUCAAACUCAAAUUCAGAUAUUGUAAUUUCUAACACGUGGAUACAGUAUAAAAAAUGAACAGUACAACUCUCAGGAUGUACUUACAUCUUUUUAUUUAUUUUUUAACCUGGAUAUUAAAGGCAAUUUUUUUUGCCCACAUGCAUAUUGCUUAGUGUUUAAUUUCAGAUCUUGUCCUCACAGGAAGAGUUCCAGUGUAGCACGUCGUACCUGCUACUUCGUUUUGGCUAGGUGUCGUUCGUACGAGUAAAAUCCACAGCAGGAUGACACAGAACGGCCACGUUGUUAGAAUGAACGGAUAGUUGUUUUUUUUUUUAGAACAGGAGCUGGUUUGUUGGUGCAGAAAUGUUCACCUCAUCACUUUUAUGAAGGUCAGACCCAUUAAAAGUGAACCAGAGAGGAAUCAGAAGCUGUUCUGAGGAUUAGACACAGUGAGGCGAGCUUGCGUGGUGUUUGAAAAUGAGAUAAUAAACUUGUGUGAUGUUUUGGUCAAUAAACAAUGUGACAUAAA